AUGCCUCUCACAGACAACCGCGCCUUGCGCAUCCUCGAUCAUGCCGCUGACAACCACUAUGGCGUGCCCGCAAUGUGCUGCUACAACGUGGAGGGCAUUCUAGCGACAGUCCGAGCAGCAGAAGCCAAGCGCUCGCCAGCUAUGAUCCUCCUGUUCCCCUGGGCUGUGCACUAUGCCGAUGGCAUCCUGGUGCACGCCGCCGCAGAGGCCGCCCGCAACGCAUCGGUCCCUGUCACCGUGCACAUGGAUCACGCUCAAACUCCCGAAAUCAUUCGCCGGGCGGCUGACCUUGGUGGAUUCGACAGUAUCAUGGUGGACAUGUCCCACUACGAGAAGGCCGAGAACCUGGCCUUGACCCGCGAAUUAGUGGAGUAUUGCCAUGCGCGGGGUAUCGCAACGGAGGCGGAGCCCGGGCGCAUCGAGGGCGGCGAGGACGGAGUGGCAGAUACAGUGGACCUGGAGGGUCUCUUGACGACGCCUGAAGAGUCUCAGGAGUUUGUGGAUACUGGCAUCGACUGGUUAGCUCCCGCUUUUGGAAACGUCCACGGCGAGUAUGGGCCUCGUGGUAUCCAGCUGGAGUAUGACCGACUGCAAUCGAUCAAUGAUAAGGUUGGCAAGCAGGUGCGCCUGGUACUCCAUGGUGCGGAUCCAUUCACCAAGGAGAUCUUCCAGAAGUGCAUUGAUUGUGGAGUAUCGAAGAUCAACAUCAACAAAGUCUUGAACAAUGAGUACAUCAAGGUGCAACAAGAAAAGGCCGGCAAGGUUCCGUUGACGACUCUGCUGGAAGAGGCUACGAACGAAAUGCAGAAGGCAGUUGAGAGGUGCAUGGACAUGCUCGGAGCAACUGGAAGAUACCCAUGA